AUGGUGUUCCUGUGUCUAUCGUUUACUGCCGUUGCUCUGCGGUGUUUCGUCCGGCUGAGACUAGUGAAAGCCUUUGGAUGGGAUGAUGGCUUGAUGGUGUUGGCCAUGCUAUUUAACAUCUGGUUCGCAAUAUGCGGACUGGCUGGCUCGGUUGCCGGAAUUGGGAAAAGAUUUGACCAGUUCGACUCUGUAGAAGAUGCUCACACGGCUCUUCUGCAUGAACAGUGGUGGUGGCUCGGCCAGAGCGCCUAUGUUUGGGUCGUGGCAACUGCAAGAAUCUCCAUCGCAAUGCUCCUUCUCCGUCUUACCGCCCAGCGGCGCGAAUCAGUCGUCAUGUAUAGCGUAAUUGGGCUCACAGCCACUGUCGGCCUCGCCUUCUGGCUUAUCCUGACGUUGCAGUGCGAUCCGGUUCGAGAAUUCUGGCAACGAACGGGCAGAGGCCACUGCAUUGACACCCAGUAUGUACUGGACAUUGCGUACCUCUAUAGCGCGACUGCAUGUCUUUGCGACUUCACCCUUGGACUCUUCCCUGUAUAUCUUCUAAGACACCUUCAUACCAGCCGGAGGACCAAAUGGGCGAUAAGAGUCAUUCUCAGCAUGGGAUGCAUAGCAGGUGCUGCAGUCGCGGCCCGUAUCCCCUAUCUCCCGGACUAUCAAAAUCCAGACUUCCUUCGUUAG